AUGACGCCAUCGAAGAGGAUUAUGCUGUCGGAAAUUGCGCAACACUUUGAUCCUCUAGAGUUACUCUCACCGGUGGUGAUUCGUGCCAAGGCUCUUCUCCAGCAGCUCAGGUUGAAGAAAUUUGACUGGGACGAAGAGUUGCCGGCGCAUCUGGUCCAGAAAUGGGGUCAGUUUCGAGAAGAGCUGUCCCAAGUCGAUCAACUCUCGAUUCCUCGGUGGCUGGGAGGUAGGAAGGAUUCUCGGGUGGAAAUCUAUGGCUUCUCUGAUGCGUCUCUACUUGCGAUGUCUGCGGUGGUUUAUCUGAAGGUGACGAGUGCGGAUGAUGUUAACAUCUCGUUAGUUGUUGCUAAAACUAAGGUGGCUCUUCUCAAGAGGCGCACCAUUCCCCGACUUGAGCUACACGCCGCGGUCCUCCUAGCUAAACUCACAAGGUACGUGAUUGAGCAGCUCAACCUUGGUGGUGUUCCGGCCCAUUUAUGGACAGACUGGGCUGUUGCACUGGCGUGGAUUUGCGCUCAUCCUUCCAGGUGGAAAGGAUAUGUCCACAACAGAGUAUUAGUUAUUCGCGAGCUGGUGCAAGAAGCCAGUUGGAGGUACGUCGGUGGGAAGGAGAACCCUGCUGAUUGCGCGUAUCGAGUCAUUUCGGUGGCUCAACUCAAUGGCCAUCAUUUAUGGUGGACGGGCCCAAAAUGGCUACGGAAGGAUGCGUCUCAGUGGCCACGUGGGGGAGCAAAGUUGGACCCGUCUACAGAUCUCGAGGAGAAGCCGGGGGUGACGUUAGCCGCUUCCCUCGGAAGGUCGAGUCUCUGGGAUCUCUGCUCGCGAUAUUCCUCUCUCUACAAAUUGCUGAGGAUCACAGUAAUUUGCCAAACGGUUGUGGAGAAUCUGAUGCAGAAGCUGGGAAGGAAGAAGGGCGUCAUCGUUCCAGCGGUGUUUAGCUCAGAAAGCAUCGAGUCAGCUCGGCUUUAUUGGGUUAAGGCGACUCAAGCCUUUAAUCUCCAAGCCGAGUGUGACAUCAUCUCUCACGGAUUGCAAAUGAAGAGGUCUCCUCCGCUGACCAAGCUCACUGCCUUCAUCGAUCAACAGGGAGUUCUCCGAGUCGGCGGGCGGUUAACGUUCUCAACUUUAGGCCCAGAGAGUAGGCAUCAGGCCAUCAUCCAUCAAGGCUCAGUGCUCGCAGAGCUUAUCAUCAGGGACUCUCAUCAGCGGACGCUGCACGGUGGGACUCAACUUACCUUGGCGUAUCUCCGGAGGCCUUACUGGAUUAUUGGAGGUCGUCUAUCAGUAAGAUCCUUCAUCCUCAAGUGCGUGGAGUGUGCGCGUCUUCGGGGGAUCCGCGCUCAGCAGCUAAUGGGGCAGCUUCCAGUGGCACGUCUGGUGUCGGAUCGUGCUUUCUCUAACACUGAUGUGGACUAUGCCGAACCAGUAUCUAUCAAGACUUGGAAAGGAUGUGGUCACAAGACCCAGAAGGGUUGGUUAAUGAUCUUCGUGUGUAUGGCCACGUCCGCUCUCCAUCAUGAUGCUGUCACGGUCUACUCUGCUGAUGGUUUCAUCGCCGCUUACCGGAGGUUCGUGAGUCGUCGGGAAUACUGCAGAUACCUGUACAAUGACUGCGACACCAACUUCAUCGGGGCGGAUAAGGAGCUAAAGAAGUUGUUCUCUGUUGGAGCUAAGGAGUUCCAGCAUCUCUCUGCCGUAUGUCUCAAGGAUGGAACGCGGUGGACGUUCAAUCCUCCUGGAGCCCCUCAUUUCGGGGGAAAAUGGGAAGCAGCGGUCAAGUCGGUGAAGUACUACCUCGCUCGAACGGUUCGGGAUCCAACUGUUACGUUCGAGGAACUCUCUACGCUGCUGUCCCAGAUUGAAGCGGUCCUCAACUCCAGGCCUCUACAAGCGCUCCCGGAAGAUCCUGGUGAUGUGUCCUGUCUCACCCCGGGACACGUUCUCAUUGGAGAAGCUCCAAUUGCUCUUCCGGAUCCCUCACUGGAACACCUCAACGUUGGAUGA